AUGACGAUCCUCCCGUCGAUCACCAGUACUGCAACGCUGGCGCAAGGACAUGUGUACCACACUUCCUCGAUGCCUCCGCGCAGCCGGACCUUGUCCCCGAGCGGCUUGCCCAGAGAUCCGUCACUUAGAGAAUCGCAACGAAGUCGGACGAGGACGGAGUGGCUUGGCUCAGCGCUGGCCAAGGAGUCAGGUGAGAUCCGCAACAUCCACGUUUUGGGCAUCAUCCGGGAGAACUUGGUGAUCGCCUUCCAGGGAUGUGGCAGGGUCCGUGUCUUCGUGAACAACGAGCACAGUCUCGAGCUUCCGGAGACCAACCGCCUCAGCAACACCUCGCCCUUCGGCAUCGAUUGGACGAAGAAGUAUCGCAAAUACCUGGCCAACGCUCAUGCGAUGCGGUUUGCAGAGUUUGAGAUCAGGGCUUUGCCAACGCAGGUGCUCGUGAUCGGAGAGACCGCCACCUCAGAUCAGAAGACGAUCCCGGCGCAGAAGCCCAUUUUGGAGGCCGAGCUGAAGCUGAUUGUGGACAACUUAAAUGAUGAACUGGUGCUGACAACGGACUUGCUCCUGGGCGAGAAGCUCCUGGAUGAAGGAAAACAACUGGGGUUGAUCGGCCAGGAGCUGGUUGAGUCACUUCCGCAAUUGGAGCUGAAGAUCAAAGAGAAACAUUUGCUCAACAGCCAGAGCAGGUAUGAACCUCCGAUUGACCUCUCCUUCUUGAAUAUGUCCUGCAUGAAGGACAGUUGCAAGCAGCUCAAGCAGCAGAUGCAGCAGCAGGAUGAAGAUAAGAGGAAAAAGGAACAGGCGGAACUGCAAGCGCAACUAGAUGAGGAGGACCUGCGUGAGAAUGAGCAACUGCUGCAAGAGGCUGGCGACCUUUCUUACAAGAUCCCAGAGAGAGAUUGGGUUGCUCCCUGCCAGCAGGAGUCCAGCCCCAAGCCAUUGGAGCCGGAGGAGUCUUUGAAGAUGAAGAAGUCUGAACGUAGAAUAACCCGAUACAUGACUGCGGAGCCAGAUGAUAGAGGGGUCGUGAAGGUUUACAUCGAUGAUCCCGACGUGGCGAAUGCAUCCAAAGAGAGCAUUUCAGUGUCGUUUAGCAUGAAGACCUAUACGGUGCGGAUCAAGUCUUCGCCGCCGUUGGUACUGGGCCCCGUGGAGUGUGAUGUCAUUGACCCCGAGCGUUCGACCUGGCGGCUCUCACCGGGGAAGCGGCUCACCCUGUCGCUCAUGCUGUCGGAGGCCGGAAAGAUCAACCACAAGAACAAGAAGAGGUGGGAUGAGCUUGAAGCCAAGAUGAAGGCUGACAAGGAGAGUGGCAUCAAACCCACUCCGCCAGAACCCGUGGUGCAGAAGCAGGGCGUCCUAGACUCCCAGGGUGCUGCCCGCACCGUGGCCAAGAUCGUGGUCAGUGGUCACGUGGAGAAGCAGCGUCACUUCCCCUCGAACCUCGGGGCGCCCGGGGCUCCCAUCGGCUUCUCCUGGAGUGGAACACUCGGGAACGUGAGCCUUGCAGAAGGCAGUGGUUGCUUGCCGCUGCAGAGUGAAGUGAAGCUUCCAGCUGCUACGGCCUGCAUGUACUACCAGAAGUUGAAUGCCUCCCAGAAGAGCUUCUUGGGGGUGGACAAGAAAUGA